GUCACUGUGCAAUGUUUUGUUUUGCAGCAGCGAACACAUUUCUGCUGUCUCGCGGCAUUGUUGUUUAUUUCCAGUGAGAUUGUGGUGCAGAAAACAAAUUACCGAUGUUUCGAAUCGUAUCUGGCAGUGAUUCACUGCUACGAGCUUUUGCAUCAUUGAAUAUCGGGCGCCAAACCGCCUCGCUAUGCAGUGGUUCUAGAAGCAGCAGCAGCAGCAGUACGUUCUUCAAUGUGCGACCGGCAAAUGACGAAUAUCGUGGCCGCACAUUGUUGCAACCCGCCGUUCCCACAUUAUGUAAUGUUCGGGAAACAAGUUUCUUCAACAAACUUCCCGCGGAUCAAAUAUGGAAGGGUGUCAUCUCCGUCAGUAAUGCCGGUAAGAAGCGCGGCCGAGGUAAAGGUUCCGGCCGCAUCACGCCAAAGGAUCUGAACAAAGGGCAGAUGAUUGGCUACGGCAAGGCAAACAUUGUAUGGCCCGGACUGUCGGCACCGGUGAUACGAGGCCGCGAGCUGGUCCAGCAGCAAAAGCUUCCGGAAGACAAGGAGCGUGAGGCAAAGUUGCGGCGCAUUCGUGAUGAGAUGGUGAACUUUAAGCGCCUGAAGCUGAGUCCGCUCGAGCGAGGAUGGUCGGGAUCGAAAAUGCCUGGCCGCAGUAUCGGACCGCCGGACGCGGUCGGUGAGGACGAGUUCAUAGGCUUCGACACAAAGUGCUUGGAGCUGAAAGCGGUUGUGAACAUGAAGGGUAACCACGGCCGGAAGAGGCGCGUCUCGGCAAUGGCGGUCACGGGUAACGGGAACGGUUUGGCCGGCUUUGGAUUCGGCAAAGCGAUUGAGGGCCGCGCCGCACUGCGACAGGCAAAGAACCGUGCCGGUCAGAAGCUGAUGCAUUUCGAUCUGUGCAAUGGGCAUACGGUUUUCCACGACUUCCACUGCCAGUUCGGGGCAACGAAACUGUUUGUCGAACGAAAACCGGAAGGCUACGGACUGAAAUGCCACCGUGCGAUCAGGACCGUGUGCGAAGUGCUUGGUAUUAAAGAUUUGCGCGCAAAGUGUGAAGGUUCCACUAACGUGCAGCACGUCGUAAAAGCAUUCUUUAUCGGACUGCUCAAGCAAAAGGAUCACCAGCGCAUUGCGGAGGAAAAGGGUCUGCAUGUGGUGGAAUUCCGACCGGAAAACAUGAACUUCCCGAAGGUGGUCGCCAGCCCGACGGUGUGUCGCACGGAGCAGGAGCUAGAAAAUAACGAAAUUCUCGACUUUACCCAGUACUGCAUGGAUGGAAAGAUUCAGCUGCAGAAGAAAAAGUUCCCUCCCUUCUACACGAAAUUCCGCUCGUGGGAAAUCUACCUCAAGAAGCAGGAGUACCUCCGCAAUCAGGAUAAGGUACGGCUACGGAUGAUGGCCGAGACGGGGGAGGUGCGCAGUUAUCUUACGGAGAAGUAUCCCGAGUGCAGAAUGGGACCAGGUCCGAAGGACGAGUAAGAUGGCUUACUCCAAUGUAGACUUUGACCUAAAAAAGGCAGUUUACUUGCAUAAUGUUGCAACGAAGGUGGAAGGAAUAACAGAAUAAAUAUCAAAAUAUGUCCCUAAUAAAACGACUAUCCAGCCCAGUAA